GGUAAACAAUGUCAUUUACUCGUAUCGUUGUAUAGGUUUAAUGUUUUUAUUUUUAUAAUCGUUGAAUUGACUGGUGUUAAAGUUGCCAACCACUUAUUUUUAACUACAAAUAUAAUUUUAACAAUUAAAUUGGGUAUAAAGAUUGAAUAAUAAUUUAUUAGGUUAUUAAAAUUAAAUUAAUGCUGAGAUUGAAACUUGAAUUAAAGAAUAACGAAUAGAAAAGUCUAAUUUAAGACAGAAACAUGGUUUCUACUCGAGGUAUACGAUACAAAUUCAGUGAAGGAGAGCGUGUGUUAUGUUAUGAACCAGAUCCUACUAAAGCAAAAGUUCUUUACGAUUCCAAGGUUUUAGAAGUGAUAGAAAGUAAAGAUAAACGUGGAAGACGCACAGUUGAAUAUCUAAUUCACUUCCAAGGCUGGAACUCAUCAUGGGACCGUUGUGUGAGCGAGGACUUCGUUUUAAAAGACACUGAGGAAAACAGGCAGUUACAACGAGACCUUGCAGAAAAAUCACAAUUGCAGCUUGGUGCUUACUUAUACCGCCGAGAGCGCAAAAAGGGCAGCAGCUCAAAUACAGGUGCCGGCCCUGCAAAACGCGCUCGGCAUGGAUUCAGUGACGAUGGCUCCUCUAGCAGUACACAACCUGAUGAAGGUGAGACGGGUGAUACAGAUUCAUCUACUGGUUCCGGGUCAAGCUCACAGCCACACUCUCCUCCUACACACUCGCAUAUUGGACGCGCACACAUAGCUCUACCAUCCGCUCUCAGAGACCGCCUGACAUUUGACUAUCACUUGGUGGUGAAGCGUGGUCGCGUAUCAGCCCUGCCAGCGGCGCCAUGCGCAGCUCAGAUCCUCGAGUCGUUUGUGAAGUGGUUCGCGCGCGCCGGAGCCUGGCACCCUCCCCACCCCGCCCCACACACCCCUCACACGCCCUACGGUCAAAACACCCCGCACACACCCCAUACACCAAACGCCCCUCAUACCCAACAGGCAGCGCGCGCCAAGCACGAUCCACCGCGUCGACCCGAUCUUCUCGACGUUUCUUGCAGGUUAAAUUUAGUACGCGAAGUAGCGGAUGGGUUACGUGUAUACUUCGAUUUUAUUCUGCGUAGGCAUUUGCUGUACAAACAAGAAUUAAAUCAGUACCAUGAAAUAUGUGGACAGUUCAUUGAAGAAGAAAUGCCCAGACACAUCAUUAAAACAGAAAUUGAAGAAGAUGAAAGUAAUUCUCAAGAUGACGGUACACUUGCUUCGGCUGAGGAAGACAUAAUGAGCCCUAAAAUGCCUGAAUAUUCUCACCUGCCACCAGAUCCUGUUGAAGGGGAGAAAUUUUCAGAGCCACCACAGACAGACAGUCAAGAAGAACUACAGGAUUCAGAAGCUAAUGAUAAACCAUUAAUUAAAAUUGAACCAAUGAGUGAAGAAAGCCAGAAUAAUACGUGGGGAUCCGCGAAAACUCGCGAGGGACGUUGCACAACGCGGAGUGGAAACGUAGCGAGGAGACUUCGUUCUCACAAGUCGGCAGUAUCACAGUCGGAAAACGAAGAACCAGCUCCGUCCACUUCUGCAGGCGAGCCGAGAACUUUUGAAACACUUUCAUCCAGCGUGGGCAGCAGUGGCUCGUCACUAAGCGAAAGCUGGUCUCGACCAGCCCAGGCGACGCCGACGCCGGCCACGCCACCCACCACACGGACGCCACUCUCGUUACUACUUGAUAAGGUAGCGAAGUGGCAAAUAAUACCCCGCGAAGGCACCGAGAAUCUCCCAUGUCGAGUUUACGGCGCUAUACACCUAGCACGGCUUUUCGUAAAAUUACCUGAUUUCCUGAAUGCAACACAGAUGCCAGAUUUUAAAUUAAAAUUAAUAUUGAAACAUAUUGAUAUGUUUGUUCAGUAUUUAGAUGAGCAUAGUGAAUGGUUUGGAGAAACAUAUUAUAUAGCUGACAGUGUCUCGCGCUCCCAUUGACCGCCAAUUAGAAAUAUGACUAGAAAAGAAUACAAAACGAAAAGAAAUAAAAUCCGCGUCUUUGACAUAAUGCUAGUUAUAAGUAAUGUAUUAGUUUUUGUACAUAUGAGACUACAAGAAAUAUUUUACUGUCAUAUUUUUUUUAUUUGACCUUUCAAACUUCUAAAUUUAAAUGUGAUAGAAUAGAAAAUAAUUUUAUUGAUUUGUCUUGACACAACAAUAAUAACAAAAAAUGAAAACAACAGUUUACACAAAUUUAAAAACCGAGUCAAUAUGAACCACAACUCGGCAGAAUUGUAGGAACAUAAUUUCUACCCCUAAUUUUCAGUUGAUAAACUAUAAUAUGCUGCAAUUAUGGAACAACAGUGUAUUUUCGUUCUCAGUGAUGGCGUCGACUUCACUGGCUUGAAUGAUACGAGCCUGAGUUACAACUUUAAAACUUUCAAGAACAAUGUGCGACGCGUUUGUAGACACGAAAUCGUUCCUAAACCAGCUAAUAAAAUGACAUUCUCAAGCAAUGAAAUAAUACGAUAGUUACGAGAUGGCUUCUACAUAUUUACAUAAAUAUUUUAUAUAUGUGUCACA